AUGCCAAAGAAUACGGAACAAUCUCAUCCCCACGGCUGGCCGUUGCCGCUGACGAUCCCUACCACACGCGACCAACCCCCCUCCGACUAUGCCUCGGUGCUCUGCCCUCACGCACUCGACCUUGGUCUUUUGGUAGUUGAGAAAAAAGUGAAAAUAAAUGUUUUACGCCUCGUCCACGCCCAUCGCACGCCUCCUCAACGGAUCGACUCGUAUAGCGCAGCAAAGGGCCCGCCUGUCGUCGACACCCUUUCAAGCUCGUCCGGCAUGAGGUCGGUCGUCUUGUCUUGUCUCCAUGACGCCCUGUGA